AUGCUCAUUUACUCUCAUGCUGACCUUCAGUGUAGAGCUGCUAGCUUCGCAGCUUCACGCGACGAAACUAAAAUGGAGGCCAGCCUGUCGGAAUUCGAUGCUUUUUCGGCGAAAGGAUAUACACAGUCUUUCCUGGAACAGCGUAAUCUUAUCGGAUUGGCGGAGGUUCAAGAUACCAACGUUUCAAGGUUACUGCCCGUGCAAUCUGAAACAAGUAGCGGACUGUUUUUAUCAAAACCGUGUUUUUUCGCUUCAGUUUCAGUAUCAGUUGCCAAUUUUCAGGGUGCUGUGUGGUGCGUCAAGUUUUCGCUUUGUGGGCGACUUUUGGCGACUGCUGGCCAGGACAACGUGAUUAGGAUUUGGGUCCUGAAAGAUGCCUACAAAUAUUUUGAUGAUAUGCGGCGGAAGGGCUACAAUAAGGGCGACGAGUUGGCCACCGUGGCUGGUAAUGACCGAGAAUCGUUUUUUGCCGAACAGGACGAUGUGUGGGCUCCCUUCACAUCGAAGCCGUUCUGCUGCUACCAUGGUCAUACAGCUGAUGUCUUAGAUAUUUCUUGGUCUAAGAACUAUUUCAUUCUUUCGAGCAGCAUGGACCGAACCGUAAGGUUGUGGCACGUGUCCAGGAUGGAAUGCCUGUGUUGUUUCCAACACAUCGACUUCGUGACAGCGAUCGCGUUUCUUCCCAAAGAUGACCGUUACUUUCUUAGUGGGUCACUCGACGGAAAAUUGCGACUGUGGCACAUUCCCGAGAAAAAGGUUGCCCUGUGGAACGAGGUGGAUGGCGGCAGACUGAUAACGGCUCUUACGUUCGCGCGCAACGGUAAAUUCGUCGUCGUUGGCACCUACGACGGUCGCUGCAACUUCUACUCGACAGACCAGCUGAAGUAUCAUACGCAGAUAGACAUCAAUUCAAAUCGUAUGAAAACUUCGCGCAAUCGGAAAAUAACGGGUCUUCAGUCCUAUCAGGAUAAGCUUCUAGUUACGUCAAACGAUUCGAGGAUUCGCGUGUAUGACCUGCGCGAUCUGUCGCUAUCCUGUAAGUAUAAAGGCUAUACGAACCACAACAGCCAGAUUCGUGCUAGUUUUAGUCACAGCGGCAGGUUCAUUAUCACAGGUUCAGAGGACAAACACAUUUACCUGUGGAAAACGCACCUGAAUACGGACACACUAUCGCUUUCAGUGCGCAAGGACCGAAACAGGCAGUGGGAGAGCAUUAGAGCUCACAACGCUGUUGUAACGGCUGCCGUUUUCGCGCCGAAGCCCGAAAUCAUCUUCGAUUACAUCGAGCGGUGUCGCAACCGCCACUCAGCUGCCGAUGUCGCGUCCUUCAUCCUCUCGCGACGGUCGCUUUAUCUGUCGAAUACAUCUGUGCUGGUGUCGGCCGACAUGCUGGGCACGAUCUACGUGUUUCUAAACAAAUCGAAGGUGAACACUGACAAUAGAACGUUCAUUCCGUCAUAUUGA